GCGAUGUGUGAUAAGGACAAUCUUCAUACUCUUGCUUGGCAGUGAACGACUUGAUAGCUCGUCUUCAUUUACUAUAAUAUCAUAGUCUGCCUGGUAGUAUAAUACAAGUGAGGUCUCAAUCUACAAUAGUACAUCGGUAUAUACACUUGAAAGGGUCGCGGUGGUUGCGGUCUAGCAAGUAGAUACAGGGUGGAUAGGGACUAAAUAGCCAGUUGUGCGACAAUACUGGAGAAACCUGCAUACUAAUAUCACCUUAUAUAUAUUUAUAUAUAUACCUAUAUAUUGCACGCCAUCUGUAUAGCGAAUCUAUUGAUCGGUGCAUGCGCCGCGAGAAGCGAUCACUAAAAAGGGUUUCACUUAAGUGCUUUGUGUGUUGAUAGGGUUUAGUACUCGAACCAGGAUACUAUCUGAGCUGUAUGGCACUAUGCAACGAGACAAGAAGACAGCCCCGUCAGAUAACAUGUUCUACUGGUUUAACGAGCAGCAUCACUCGCGCCAGAAACAAUCAAUCUCACGAACUCUAUCACAACCCGUCGUCGGAAAGAUGGCCGGUCUAGAACUCAACGGCCCCGUCCACGGAAGUACAGGGCCUCGUUAUAGUCAAGGAGGUGCAAUGGACGGCUCGUCAGGCCCCUGCCUUCCAUACGGACACAGUAUGAAUAACUACAACAUGAAUCCCUUUUACAUACCUAUGGGUCCUACGAGACAGCGUCCGUCAUACCGGAAUCAAACCGGUAUACCGAUGCACCCCACUUUGGGCGUAAACGGCACGAGUGCUAAUCCAACUAUAACCCCCCGCUUGCCACCCCCGGCUAGCUUAGCACUAAACUCGCCGUUGACCUCCACGCCUCAGAUGCUCAAGGCUAAUCCUCACGCGCAGUUGCAAUCGGUGCCUCCACUGUUCCCGCAGCGGUUAGACUCCAUGCCCCGAGUGGCCAUGCCAAUUGGGACUAUCGAACAGUCCGAUCACACCCUGCAGCUACGCAAAGCGAGCUUAGACCUCACACACACCUCAAUAACCAGCCCGUUCAUGGACACAUCGUUGGGUCCUCCGUUUAUGAACCAGGGCCUGUCUAAACUGUCCGAGCAUUUGGUGACGGAAACACUGCACUCAACUGCGUCGCCUUCGCCGACCGAUUUCAAGCCGGCCUCUAAAUUGGACCUACUCAAUACAACUAAACCUGACUCGCCUGCCCUCGAGUUCGAAUCAACUAUCAAAAAUAUAUUCUCGCCAGUGUCAAUGGCUCGCGUCAAGACUGAGCAAGUCGAGACUACAGUCACCCCACCCACCCCCACCGCUCUGAUGGCUAUUCUUACUGGAGAAAGUGCGGUACCAAAGGAAGAACCCAAGAAGCCUGAAGCGGGCAAAACCUCCCCUGAGAACGAAACGCCUACCAAAGAAUGCAAGAAGGACGCUAAACUGGCAAAGUUGAAGUCCACUACUUCGGACGGAAACUCUGGCGGCGACACAGAAGGUGCAGAGGAUAGUGCCGAGAAACCAUCGCGGAAGAGGCGGUGCUUUAGGGAGUUAGUGAGGAAUGUCAAGUGUGGACACACGGGCUGUGGACGGUUGUACGCUACGGAGAGCUCGCUGCAGAAUCACAUCCGCAUCAAGCACGGCAAUAUCCGGCCCGAGAAUGCGGGUAGUGGACACGUGUCGAGGCGUCACAGUAGUGCGGGCGAGAAAAAGACUCGCAAAAACCCAGUCGCUCAACGGAAGAAGUCUGAGGCAGUUGAAGUAUCCGAGCCCUCAGAAAAUACCACACAUAAUCCCAAAUCCCCCACACCCACACAAUCCGCAUUCCUGCAUAGUGCACUAGUUGGGUCGCCGCUACUACUGUGCUCGCCGGAAGCAAAUAGUACCGGCUUACUUAGUAGUCUGAGCCCAUCUUCAGAUCCGGAAUGGAGUUCCUCACUGCUCUUUGAUGUGGAUCAAGCUGCAUCUCUCACCUUGCCCGACUUCUUCGAUACGGAUUUCACAACUUCGAAUAGUCUCGGAUUGACACCGGGAAGUCUUUUAGACACCGGUCUAUCCGGUAAUUUGCUCCUUGACGAUUGGCUGAAAAUGGAUGACUUGGUAUGAAACAACAGCGUAUACCAAUGUCAUGCAAAUAAGUCUUCCGUCUUCCGGAGCAUUGAACAGGCAUUUGCCAAAACGUAGCCGUGAGGACCAUUCCAAUCACUCAGCAUAUACGCGCCGCCAUCGAUUGUUAGAGUUGAGUCUCUAUCGAUGGGAGUCC